GUGUCUGAUUAGAUGUCGUCUGCUACAUGUAACCCCAUGAUAAUCCGUCAGACGGGAGAGCUAUUCUGAGUAGUAAAAUGAUGUGUGUCAGUAGAAAAUGGAGGGGCUACUCCGUGAUAUUAGGUGGAGUUCUGAUUCACUUGACUCUGGGAACUAUAUAUACAUUUGGAAACAUGACGCCUUAUAUGACAUCAUACAUGAAAAAACAUAAAGUGGAUGAAACGCUAAAUUAUGCAGAGAGUACAUGGAUUAAUUCGAUCGCAGCAAUGGGCCAAGGAAUGUCCAUGUUUCUGGGCGGAAUGCUAUACAAAGCUAUUGGUCCAAAAUUCUCAACUCUUAUAGGUGCUUGGAUUGCAAGUGCUGGUGUAUUAUUAACAUUCUUCACCAUAAAGUUUUCAUUCUACUGGACUUUGUUCACCUAUGGAUUCCUGUUUGGGAUCGGUGUGGGGAUAGCCUACGCUACACCGAUGGGAUGUGCCAUGAAAUGGCUUCCUGAUAAGGAAGGGUUGGUGAAUGGAUGUGUGGUUGCUGGAUUUGGAGGUGGGGCUUUCAUCUUCGACCAAAUUCAAACAGCAUACAUCAAUCCUCAUAACGAAAAAGCAAAUUUGGACGAAAAUGGCGAAAAGUAUUUUACACAAGACGUUAUUUUGGACAGAGUUCCUUCCAGUUUUCUAUUGUUAGGUGGUUGUUAUGCCGCCAUGCAGUUUAUCGGAUCCAUGUUGCUUCAAGAUCCUCCACACGAUUAUCAUCCACUGAUAAGCGCCAAAGACAAUGACGAAAGUAAUCCUGGAGAAGCCGACAGUUUGCAUAAUGAAAUUAUCAGUUUCGCAGAAAAUCAAGAUCCUGUAAGAACGGAGAGAGAAUUUUCACCGAGGGAAACAUUGCGGCAAAAGGCAUUUUAUAAACUUUGGUUCAUGUAUUUGUUUAAUGGACAAGGAAUCAAUUUUAUAUCGUCGUUAUACAAGGCAUUUGGACAAACCUUCAUUGGUGAUGACUACUUCCUUGCCGUGGUGGGAUCGCUGGCAGCUGUUUGUAACGGGGCAGGACGGAUAAUGUGGGGAACCCUAGCAGACAAAUUUUCCUUUAAGACAGCCAUGGUUUUUUCAACAGGAUUAUUUUCAUUCUUCAUUUUAACCUUUGAAUUGACCAGCUUAGUGGGGAAACCAUUGUACCUCAUAUGGGUGUGUUUUUUAUUUCUCACAUUUUCCGGAAAUUUUUCACUCCUACCAACAGCCACAGCCCGAGCGUUUGGGAAGACUCACUACGGUGUUAAUUAUGGCAUGGUAUUCACUGCAUCAGUCAUAUCAUCUCCUAUAUCAGCGUUACUGACAUCCAAAUUAAAAGUGGUCAUUCAGUGGUAUGGGAUGUUUUACAUGGUUGCAAUCUUUUCCUUCAUCAGUAUGUGCUUAGCGUGGUCGUUUGAUGUGAAAGAUUCCAAGAACGACGACAUUUGAAGAACAAAGAGCCCCAUAUCAGUGUUCCAUGAAUUGUCAAAGAUCAUUAUUUCUGUACAUGGUGUAUAUAUAUAUAUAUAUAUAUAUAUAUAUAUAUAUAUAUAUAUACACAUGAAAGAGUGUACUGUUUAUAAUUUUUAACCUUGAAGGGUAACUCUCUUGUGAAUUAUAUUUAUAUAUUUGGAAAGAUUACUCAUAUUAUAUAACUUUUUACAUGAAAAAAGUUAAAGAAUUUUAUAGCAUUUGGUCUGUUUGUGUAUUUAGAAGGUAAAUAAAAUUUUCUACUAUCCAUAAGAGCUGAACAAGUCAUGAUACAGUGAAACUCAUCCCAACCUCAUUUUCACUCAAAUUACAAAUUCUCUGAUUUCUGGGCACACCACUCCAUCUGCCUGUCUCAAUAGUAGCCUGUGAUUACUUGUUCUAAAUUUUGCCAAUGUAAGAAUAAUAUUUCUUGGUACAUUGGCUUCUAGAUAACUUCUCGACGUAAAAAACUAUUGGUAAAUAAAUUAUGAAAUACA